AUGGAAAGUGGGAGUCUCCCAGUUGAUAUAGAAAACAAUCAAUUUGUGAGCCAUGUUGCUAUUCGAAAGUUUGAUCCGGAAUCAAUGAAGGGCAGCAGUGGCGAUGCAAGUGGAAAAGCUGACGAUGAGAAUCCAAAUCUUGCCAAAUCAAUAAACGAGGCUUCCUUUGAGUUAGCAGUUGAAUGUACUGAUGAUGGUUUUAAGAUUUCGAAAGAUGCAGAGGUCACGAUAUACAAAUCGAUGCCACCGUCCCGCGUUGGUGGACCAUGGAGCGGAUCAAUCGAGGGGACGACAACUGUGGGUCCAUCAACCAAGAACACUGCGUCUGGAUCCGUCACGCUUGAUUACAAAGCGUCUCCAUGGUCAAACUUAUCACUUGGAAUGAUUCGAGGUCAUGAGUUAUUUUAUCCGCUUGUUAGUCUGGGAGGAACGCUUAUGCAUGGAGGAUCCAAGUUUGGCGUAACUUUUUAUCACAACGUCAACUAUCUGCAUGCGAUGGUUCUCGAACACUCGAUGUUUUCCAUUUCAUUCCACCACGCCUUUCCCAAUACAAGAUGGGUGCUCAUGUCCGCUAUAUCACGCCGUAAGGAACUGUCAUUAGCAAUCACAAAUUCCAAACUUAGCGGAAGAUUGUGUUGGAAUUUAAGAAAGCCAAACGAAGUGGAAACUCGCUUCGAUGUUCGCCCAAUGAUUUCCAAGGACAAAAGAGCUCAUCUCUUUUGCAAUUUUCGUCCCGGUUCAUGGCAGCUUGGUGCUUCACUGAUACAAUCACUACACUCACAAAUGGCAACUAUCGGAAUGGGGGUUCGGUUGUACUCAAUUCGAGGUUUGGAGUGGAUCUUGUCAUGGAAUCGAGGAGAUGCAACAAUCCGGAUACCGAUCCUUAUUUCCCGCACAAUAAAACCUAUGAGCGCUGUUCAAGCUCUUUAUUUUGGUAUGGUAUCUUUCUUUAUUCAGGAAGGAAUUGCUGAGGUUUGGGGUUGGAAGAGUAUUGAGGACGAGGGCGAAGAAGACAAUUCAGCUCCCGUUUUUGUAAACACAGCCAAAACUCGGGAGGACGCUGAGAUGCAAAAAGAACUCAUGAUGCGGCAGGCGAAACGUCGUAAAAGGGAUGAAGCUGAGAAGGAUGGUUUGGUGAUCCAAAGUGCCGUAUACGAAGCUAGAGAAGGUGACAGCUGGGAUGUUACGGUUCCGCUACAAUUUUGGGUCUCGAAGUCUUCGCUGACUCUCCCAAAAACGUCAAAAAGUCAGCUAUUGGGUUUCUAUAAUGUUGCGGAGAAAGUAGUCAGACAGAGAACUCCAGAAGCAAUGGUGCCGUUGUCCUGGUGGCAGGAUAGUUGGAAGGACCUGUGGGAGUCGACAGAGGAGGUGGGUAACUUGGUGUCGUCAGAUACAGCACUGGUAACGUUACGAGUUACAUAUGACUUUAAGGGAGCAUCAUACACCAUAACAGUACGCGACGAAGAAGAGCUGAUACUUCCAAAUCCACGGGCCACCCAACUUGCUAAGGCAAAAGACUAG